AUGCAUCGAAUUUCCAAGGCACUGAUUUGUUUGUGCGCUCCGCAUUUGCGUGUCAACAAUCUCGGACGUGUAAGAUUCGUUGAAUCUUUCACGGCUUCGUCUAGAGUUCGGCGAGAUUGGAUUAACCAGAACAAGGCAAACUUUCUUACCUCUUCAUCAACAUCAUCAGCUGCGUCGGUUACGUCGUCUGCUAAAGCAGCAUUUUCUUCAAUGGAGAACCAAGAACCGAUGCUUCAGUCCAGUGCUAUUACCAUAAAUGAAAAUAGCGAUGAUGCCCUUGUGAUGCCCGUUCCGUCGAACGAAUACCAAGAGGAUUCCCUUCCCCAAGUCUUUGCUUAUCCGCAUUGGUACGAACCCCAUCCAAUUGCCAAAUACGCGAGUGAUAAAUUGCGCCAAACAUUAGACGCCUACUCCAAAGAUCCCAGUCAUCCCUGGAGUACGCACAAUUUUGGCUUAAAGGAGAAUAAUGGUACUAUUACUGUCGAUGAUAAUGAUGCAAAAGAACAACGGCCCACUGCUGGCAAUGUGGGGAAAAUGUUUGGUGUCCUCGUCGUCCGAUUGCCAGAUUCCAAAUUGGGGUAUCUCCAAGCCUACUCGGGUUCGCUACUGGGAGUGACACAUCCACAAGAAUAUGGAUUUUGUCCUCCCUUGUACAAUCGAUUCGACGAUGCUCCUCCUCUGCCAAUAAGUUGUUGUGAUGAUGAUGGCGAUAAUGAUGCGAAAUGUUGUGGACCAUCCAUCAGUGCUUUUUCCUAUCAGAAAGAAGAAGGCGAAUUGAAUGAAAUGAAUCGUCAGAUCGAAGCCAUGGAAGCCGAUCCAGAACGAAAGCAUCGACAGCAAGUCUUGGAACAAGUCAAGGAGAAGGCAGCACAAGCCUUGUCCAAGGCACGCAAGGAACAAAAGAUUCACAAAAAGGCACGACAGCAACAGCGGGAAGAAAUGAAAGCAAAACUAUCGGAAUCCGAUUACAAGACAUUCGAAGAAGAACUCGCGCAAAAGUCUGCUUUCAUUCAACGUCACGUCAAGGCAAUCAAGGCAGAGGGCGAGGCCAAAGUCCAAGAAGCCCAAGAUUCCUUUCAAGAGCUGGACAGUCGACUCCAAGACUUGAAACAAACCCGCAAGGCCAAGUCUGCACGAGUUCAAAACCAACUCUUUGAACAAUACCAAUUCUUGAAUGUGAAUGGAGCCACGCAAUCGUUAUUGCCAAUCUUUGCCAAGACGGCGCUGGGUCGACCGCCGUCAGGUGCUGGAGACUGUGCCGCACCCAAACUCUUUCAGCACGCCUUUCAACAAGGUUAUACACCGAUUGCCUUGGCGGAAUUCUGGUGGGGCAAGUCACCUGCCGAUCAAGUCCGCAAACACAAUUUCUACUAUCCAGCCUGUCGGGGGAAGUGCGAACCCAUUUUGGGGCACAUGUUGAGCGGUCUACCAGUGGAAGAGAAUCCUUUGGACAAGAUUGGAAUGGAAGAAGGAGAGGAAUCCUUGGAAUUUGUCUACGAAGAUGAACACAUGGUAGUGGUGAACAAACCAAGUGAAAUGCUUUCGGUUCCAGGACGGCAUCAAGAACAUUCCGUGCAUAGUAUUAUUCAAGAAAAGUAUCCCAAUGCUACUGGGCCCUUGCUGGUACAUCGAUUGGAUAUGUCCACUAGUGGUCUUCUGGUAGUGGCCAAGGACAAGGGGGCUCACAAGGUAUUACAGGCCCAAUUUAUCAAUCGAACCAUCAAGAAGCGGUACACUGCCUUGUUGGAAGGAAGAAUCUUGGGUAAGCCCUCAAAGGGUACGAUUGACCUUCCAUUGAAUACGGACUACUUGAAUCGACCCAUGCAAAAGGUAGACUGGAAGGCUGGCAAACCUGCCAAGACGCAUUACGAAGUGGUGGGGGAGGAGAUGAUGAGCACUCAUCAUCGUACCCGGAUUCACUUUUAUCCAGUCACGGGACGUACUCAUCAAUUGCGGGUUCAUGCAGCUCAUGCUCAAGGAUUGGAUAUUCCAAUUGUUGGAGAUGACAUCUAUGGACAACGAGACGAACGACUGUGCCUACAUGCAGGAUAUCUGGAAUUGGACCACCCCAAGUCGGGCAAACGAUUGACCUUUGUGGCAGAUGCUCCGUUUUGA